CUGUAGAAAUGUAGGAAACCUUAUUCUGAAACACCACAACCGGAAGUCCAAUUCAACUCAAGUCGAAAGCGUUAGCCAUGGACGAGGGUCAGACAGAAGAGGAGACAGCAUUCGUCGUUGAAGAAGUGAGCAAAAUUAUUAAAGAGUCAGUAGAAUCAGCCAUAGGAGGAAACGCCUAUCAGCACAGUAGAGUGAACCAGUGGACCACCAGUGUUGUGGAGCAGUGCCUCAGUCACCUCAGCAAGCUGGGGAAACCAUUCAAAUAUAUAGUAACCUGUAUCAUCAUGCAGAAAAAUGGAGCAGGUCUGCAAACAGCAAGUACAUGCUUCUGGGACAACUCUACUGAUGGAAGUUGUGCUGUGAGAUGGGAGAAUAAAUCCAUGUAUUGCAUCGUCAGUGUUUUUGGGCUGGCCAUUUGAACCACCUACAAUGUACUUUAGUUUGAAUUAUGUAGGAUUUUGUGUUUUUUUUUUGAGGACUAGCGUGUGUUAUGUUAAGUUGCAUUUCAUUUGUUU